AACUCCGGCCCGGACUCACUUUCCAACUUUCGAUGAUUGCGGAAGUCCUUUUGGUUCUUGCCGGGCAUCCCUCUUCUCUUUUCCCUGAAAACCACACUAUUCAUCCAUCCUUUUCGCCUCUACUUCACCCUGGUGAACAACAAUGCAUUGAAUCCCUUGGCCUAAUUGCCUUCCGAUAUCGAACAAUCAAAAGUUUGUGUGCCCAGCUCCAGUCUUCGUCUUCUCGAUAUAUCUCUGCUGUAUGCGCAUCAAUUAACCAUAUAUUGAAGGAUGACUACGAGGCGCUAGUCAUAAGUACCGAGGAAAGGGUUCUUAGACGCGACGCAACUCUGGUAGCAAGCGGCUCUUUUGUGCCGCUUUCGUCAAUUCGGGCAACGUUCGCGGAAUGGGACGCCCCUCUGCUCGCAUUGGUGUCUCUAGUAGAGGAGUUGAGGACCAGACAGGAAAUUCCCCCAGGCCCUCUAAUUGACUUGCUCUUGGAGCGUGCAAAGACCGGCGUUCAUCGCAUAGCCGAGAUUUUCACCCAACUCUCGCAUGCCGUUGAACGCGUCUGGCGAGUUCAACUAAUUGCUUUUCUUAUCCAUGGAUCAGUAUCUAAGAUGAACCCACUCGUUUCUGACACUUACACCUUCUUGGACGGUUCUUUGCCUUCAUGCAUAACAUCACAAUCUCGAGACUCCAUAAUUUACGUUGGACGCGCUAUCUCUACAGUAAAAGCUGCAAAAUGGCAGAAGCAGCUUCCAACGGACUUGGCAAUAGAACAUGCAAAUGCUUUGGAGAGUGUCAUGCCUGAUGACCAGCCUAAUUUCGAUCGGGUAAUUUCCCAGAUCAGGACCAGCGUUAGCGAAUGGCUUUGGAUGAACGUGCUUACUUUACAAGCAGUAGAAGAAGCCGUUGACUCAUUUGCCAACUACUUUCUCCUACGAAACGGAGAAUUUGGGUUGUCUCUUAUUCGAGAAAUUGAGAGACUCAAGAUUUCCCGUUUGACUGUCCGUUCAGGGUCGCCAUCGAUGAUUCGAGAACAAGACUUGAAUCUUGUCCUACUCCGGGCUUCGUUGGGCACAACGGCUCAACAAGAUCCUGCCUUAUCAUGCCUCCGUUUCCUCCUACCUUCUGGACCUAUUCGACCAUUGUUACCUUCGCUCGGAGGCGGCGUUUUGGCCAACUCUCUCUCCCAAUCAAUCGGAAAGCAGCUUGAUUCCUCCCUUUUUACCAGUACGCUCCUCGGAACGCCUCUUGUACUCACAUACACGGUCACCUGGCCUCUCGACCUUUUUGUGCACCCCGCCGAGUUAUCCUCAUAUGGUGCCCUAUUCUCAUACCUAUCCGCGCUCCGAAAAACACAUAAUAGCAUCCAUACCUGCUGGUCAUCAUUGUCGAACACCCAACGUGCCCGAAGGCGAUGGACAGGUCUAGGUGAGGGCGGAACAGCAGGAGAUUUGGAAGCAAGGAAGGAGCUUCUCAGGUGUGGUUGGGGUGUUGUGCGGGAUAUGAGUUGGUUUCUGGACACACUCAUGGGUUAUGUGAUGAUCGACGUCGUGGACGUCGAAUACCGCCGAAUGAAGAAACAGUUGAUGUCCCAUAGUGGCGAAGAAGAACAUACCAAGAGACUUGGUUCAAUAUCCACCCUGCCUUCUUCUACGAGCACAUUGAACUCUACUCCUGUUAAACAUUCAAUGCCGACUUCACGUAGCGCUGCCUCUCAUAUAGGCGGACCUACAUCUUCAUUAGACUUUACCACUCUCCGCCAAAUGCACGCGACGUAUCUGGAUCGACUUCUCACUGGAUGCCUACUUACAAAUCUGGAAGUAACUUCUACACUAGCAAGUAUAUUCGAAGUCUGUGAGCGGUUCGUGGCUCAGGUGGAAAGAUGGGGUGGGGACAUUCUCCCCGCUUUGUUGUUCGAGGGUUCAUUAAAGGGUGGUGAUGGGGAGGAGGUCGGUGCUCUAGUGAAAGAAAGGCGUGCCGUAGUUGUUGAAAUCAAUGAGACGCUUCAUGAACUCCUCAUGACUUUCUAUGAGCAUUUAUCGUCUUCAAUCUUUCAACGGCCAUUUGCCUCCUCUUCCGCAGAUGCAUCCAAGUCUAUGGCGUUAGGAGGGCACACGACCUUCAAUAUGUCACGGAUUCCGGUGACCAGCUCAUCAAAAUCGCGUAUGACGGCUGACAAGGCGGACAUUGUAGACGUCAGAAGGCACGUCGAAAGGUUAAUGUUGAGGCUAGAUUUCAAUGGUGGUUUCUCAAAAUUCAGCUGGGGGAGAAAAGACAAAGAUGAUGAUAUUCUUGGAGAUUUAUAGAGUAUGGAUGACUACUUAACUCAUGUUGUAUCAUAUCGUGCCAUUAUUAUACGUGG